GUGAGUUUACGAAGAUGGUGGAAGUUUAUUCUUCCUUGAAGUGAAGCACCGACUGAAACCUAAACAUACCGCAGACCCAGGGCGAGGAGUUCACUGCGGCGUUUCCAGUUUGGUUUCACAACCUUCUCUCGGACUCGGGCCUUCACCCCAGCCCUAUGUCAUGGCAAGUGGAGUCACCAAGACGGGCACUUCCAACGGUUACCCUAUGAAGGCACAGCUACAAAUCAUCGUGCUAUCGGCAAAACUCAAAGAGAACAGGAAGAACUGGUUCGGUCCCAGUCCUUACGUGGAGGUGACGGUCGACGGCCAGUCCAAGAAAACGGAGAAGUGCAACAACACCCACAGCCCCAAAUGGAAGCAGCCGCUCACUGUGAUUGUGACUCCAUUCAGCAAACUGGUGUUUCGCGUGUGGAGCCACCAGACCCUGAAGUCCGACGUGUUGCUGGGUAUGGCCACGCUGGACGUCAGUGACACGCUCAAGUCCAAUGACAUGAAAAUCUCUGAGGUGGUGCAGAGCUUGCAGCUGUGUGCAGACCGAGACCAGUCGGAUGUGGUGGGAGACCUGUCCGUCUGCCUGGACGGCAUGACCGUCGACUCGGAGGCGUUCGCUGCGGCCGAGGCCGACCAUCACAGUACAUCGAAUGGGAAUUCGCAACUCAACGGGGAUGAUGCCGUAAGGGGGAGUCGAGACAGCUCCCCAGCGGUGGACGGCGUAGAGCACAGGUCUUCUCCCGGUGGCCGAAGGUCAGUGAGCAACUCGGGGUCUCCCUCGGUGUCAUCGAGGCCCCUCCGACCACCCAGGCCCUCCAGACCUCCACCUCCAACCCCACGCAGACCCACCUCUUCGCCAGCGCCUUCCAGCAACGGAUCUGCACCAGCUGACGGCAGCGAUGGGCAGUCGGGUUCUGACACGCCGGUUCGAACGCCGGCCUCAGGACCCUCGACAGCCCCAGAAUCAAGUCCGUCGGCAGGCUCCGACAGGAACUCAGCGCCGGCCUCCAGCUCUAGAACCACGGCAACCAAACGGCCGACCAGCAGCGCCGCCCCCGCUGUCACCCCUGCUGUCACCCCUGGUGCCCCCCCUGCUGUCCCCCCUGCUGUCACCCCUGGUGCCCCUCCUGCUGUCACCCCUGCUGUCACCCCUGGUGCCCCUCCUGCUGUCACCCCUGCUGUCACCCCAAGGGUCCCCGCCGUCAACGCCGGGCCGUUGCCCCCUGGAUGGGAGCAGAGGGUGGAUCACAACGGCAGGCUGUAUUUUGUCGAUCACGUGGAAAAGAGAACGUCGUGGGAGCGCCCUGAACCGCUGCCCCCUGGCUGGGAGCGCCGCGUCGACCAGAUGGGUCGGGUCUACUUUGUCGAUCACAUGACGCGAACCACCACGUGGCAGCGCCCCACAAUGGAGACGGUGCGUAACUACGAGCAGUGGCAGCACCAGCGCAGCCAGCUACAGGGAGCCAUGCAGCAGUUCAACCAGAGGUUCAUAUUCGGGCUACAAGACCCGGUGUCAGCCGCUCAGAAUAAGGAGUUUGAUCCUCUCGGGCCUCUGCCGCAUGGAUGGGAGAAGAGAACGGACUCGAAUGGCAGAGUUUAUUUUGUACAUCACCAAACGCGAGCAACACAGUGGGAGGACCCACGAACAGAGGGUUCGCUGAAUGACAAGCCUCUCCCAGAGGGCUGGGAGAUGAGGUUCACCGUAGACGGUAUUCCCUACUUUGUAGACCACAACAGGAGAACGACCACCUACAUCGACCCUCGCACUGGAAAGUCCUCACUUGAAAACGGACCUCAGAUCACCUACGUUCGAGACUUCAAAGCCAAAGUACAGUACUUCAGAUUCUGGUGCCAGCAACUGGCGAUGCCUCAACACAUCAAGAUCACCGUAACCAGAAAAACCUUGUUUGAGGACUCCUUCACACAGAUAAUGAGCUUCAACGCUCAAGAUCUGCGGAGGAGGCUAUGGAUCAUCUUCCCAGGAGAAGAAGGCCUCGACUACGGAGGAGUUGCCAGGGAAUGGUUCUUCCUGUUGUCCCAUGAAGUUUUGAACCCCAUGUACUGCCUGUUUGAAUAUGCCGGGAAAGAUAACUACUGUCUCCAGAUCAACCCUGCCUCCUACAUCAACCCUGACCACCUUAAGUAUUUCAAGUUCAUAGGACGCUUCAUCGCCAUGGCUCUUUUCCACGGCAAGUUCAUCGACACUGGUUUCUCACUGCCAUUUUACAAGCGCAUGCUGAACAAGCCGUUGGCCCUCAAAGACCUGGAGUCAAUAGACCCGGAGUUCUACAACUCCCUCAUGUGGAUCAAGGACAACAACAUCGAGGAGUGUGGUCUGGAGAUGUUCUUCUCCGUUGACAAAGAGAUCCUGGGAGAAAUCUCCACCCAUGAGCUGAAAGCAGGAGGAGGAGACCUCCAGGUCACCGAGGAGAACAAGGAGGAGUACAUCAGGCUGGUAGCAGAGUGGAGGAUGUCCAGAGGAGUGGAGGAGCAGACGCAGGCUUUCUUUGAAGGCUUCAACGAGGUCCUCCCUCAGCAGUACCUGCAGUACUUUGAUGCCAAAGAGCUCGAGGUGAUGCUGUGCGGUAUGCAGGAGAUCGACCUUGCAGACUGGCAAAGAAACACCAUCUACAGACACUAUGCUCGAAGCAGCAAACAGAUCUUGUGGUUCUGGCAGUUUAUAAAGGAGAUGGACAAUGAGAAGAGGAUGAGGCUGCUGCAGUUUGUCACCGGUACCUGUCGCCUGCCUGUAGGAGGCUUCACCGACCUUAUGGGAAGCAACGGUCCCCAGAAGUUCUGUAUUGAGAAGGUGGGAAAAGAAAACUGGCUCCCCAGAAGUCACACGUGCUUCAACAGACUGGACUUGCCACCCUACAAGAGCUACGAGCAAAUGAAGGAGAAGCUGAUGUUUGCCAUCGAGGAGACGGAAGGCUUUGGACAGGAGUGAGGGAAACCAGGAGAGGUUCGAAUAGCGGGUGAAGGAGCGCGAAGGAAUAAAAAGACCACCAGUGUUCAACCGGAAGGGUCACGGGUUCUAACAGUAGUGUCUCGUCAAAGUGUCUUUGACUUCCUGAUUUCUUCUUUUUAAGUUUCUCUGCA